GGUAACCAGAAUUGCGGCCACUGCGGUAAAAACAUACGCCGUCACAACGCCGAAAUAUAGGUGUAUAUUAUAUUAUCGCGGAGUCGAGACACUACGAUGACGUUGGCCCUUCACAUUCUAAACCGCUUCGCCAGUGCUUCGCUGCGAUUAUUACCGUCUGCUGCGGCCAAUAAUAACAACAAUAACAAUGCGGUGCUGUACGACCAGAUUAGAAAUUUACACAAAAAAGUAAAACGAAGUAAACCGUGGAUACCUCCGCGAAGCAAAUUUGUGGGAAAAGCUAACUCCAUAGCUGCUAGAGGAUUUUUAAGGCCACUUAAAGAAUAUGAUCCCCCAAUUGAUAUCAAGAAUGUUAUUAUAAAAAUAGCAAAUAAUACUGUUAAUCAAACACAUACUUCUUACAAACUAGAUAAAAAUGAAAAAUUCCGUUUUUUAAAAAAAUGUAAUGAAGUUGUUGAUCAUAAAGUACCAAAUUCACUUUUACAUACGCUGAACACUUUAGGUGAUAUAUAUGAGUUCUACGAAACACCUGUAGACACAGUUGUACCAUAUGAUGCUCUUCAGAAUCGUGAACUUCCACCUAAUCUUCAUAUAUUGUCUACCUAUCAUAGAUUUAACCCAGAGACAGACAUAAUGUUUGAAGGUGUAACAGCAUUUCCGCGUAGUUCUAAUUUGGUUACAGGUCUUAAAACUAAAAAGAAAUACAAAGGAUUUACCACAUUAUCUCCUUAUGAAUAUAUAGAAUGAAAAUAUGUUAUACCAUCAUUUUAGCAAAA